AUGAAGGUGGUGCCUCAAUCCUCUGCUAUUGGUCGUAAUCGUGGCCCUGCGACUGCUCACCCUGACCACUAUUCUACUGGUGGUGAUGAAAAUCCUUACACUGUUGUUAGGAUCCUCUCGGUCUUGCAAAAGGUUUCUAAUCCUUGUCCUGGUCUUCGGACAAUCCUGCUUCUAAAAUUAACUCUUAGUAUGUCUCCCUGCCGUAAUCAGCUGAUAGAGGUGGUUCGAUCCUCUAUUGUUGGCCAUGCUUGUGAUUCUACGGCUGCUGAUUCUGGUCUCUAUCCUACCGACCUCCUACUGGUGCUUUAUGACAAUCACUCGCUCUAUGUCCAAUCUUGUGGCAUUUAUAACAUGCACCCUGCAUUUUGUGUUGUUCUCGCGCUCUCUGUGCCUUUUUUGAGUUCUGACUCUUACUUUGCUGGCCUCUCAUUGAUUCACCACGAUACUCUGCGCAGAGGCCCUGCUGGUCUUGGAAAUGUUCUCUUCUUCUUGCCCUUGUCUCUGGUAUAUCCUGUCUUAGAGCUCUCUUCUUUUCUUAUAACUUUAAUGGUAGUUGGGGUUGGCUCAACUUCUGAUGACACCUUUAUAAUAAACUCAGCUGGUGCAACUGGUGAAGGAACUUCAAAUGAUGGUGCUACUGGCGAGUCACUUACCCGGCCCANCUCCACCGCCAUCUCCGCCCACCGGAAAAUGUUCCCUAACCUCACCUCCGCAGAACAAGAAGUCGAUGACGGCGGCCCCGUCGCGUACUUCCCCUACUCCGACGGUUACGACGAUGGCUACAACCAAGGAGUCGACGACCCCAACCACUACCUCUCCCAAUUCAAGACCGUUGGCCCGAGAAGCCUCUCGUCGCUCAUCCAUACGCUUAAGUCUCGUGGCCAACGCGUCGACUGUGUGAUCUACACGUUCUUGCCGUAUUGGGCCAUUAACGUAGCCCGCGAGCACGGAAUUCCAUCGGCCCAGUACUGGAUCCAGCCGGCCACUGUUUUCGGAAUCUAUUACCACAGCUUUCAUGGGUACGAGGACCUCAUAUCUGCACAUUGUAAAGACCCCUUGUUUACGGUUGAAUUACCGAGAUUGCCACCACUGUGCAUCCGUGACCUGCCGUCGUUCUUGAUCACGCCGGGCACUUCAGGCGAUCUCUAUUCAGCAGUUUUGGUCACUAUUAAGGAGUCGUUCUCGACAUUGGAUAGCGAAGUCAAGCGGAGCAAGAGAAGGCCAAAGAUUUUGGUGAACACGUUUGAUGAGCUAGAAGUUGAUGCUCUUUCUGCUGUCGAUGAUAUAGAUUUGAUUGCGAUAGGCCCAAUUAUGCAGCCAAUUCCAAAGGAUAACGAAGGAGCAUCGGGUUUUAAUCUUUUCAGGCCUGAUGAGAAGGCGUAUAUGCAGUGGCUAGACUCGAAACCGAAAAAGUCAGUUGUGUACGCGUCAUUCGGGAGCUUAGCGAUCCUAACGAAACGGCAAAUGGAGGAGAUUUCGAAAGGCCUGAGGGCGAGCGGGAGGCCAUACCUGUGGGUAGUAAGGAGAGACUGCAGACUCGAAGGAGUCGAGUUGGAGGAUGAGGAGAGUGCAGAGAAGGCGAUGGUGGUUGAAUGGUGCUCGCAAGUUCGUGUCCUGACUCACCCUUCAGUCGGGUGUUUUGUGACACAUUAUGGAUGGAAUUCGACGCUGGAGAGCUUGGUGUUCGGGGUGCCCACAGUGGGAUUGCCGCAGUGGUCAGAUCAAGCGACCAAUAUGAUGCUCUCCGAAAGGGCUUGGGGGACCGGAGUUCGAGCGGAGGUUAACGAUGACGGCAUCUUGGAAGGCGAGGAGUUGAGGAGGUGCUUGGAUUUGAUAACGGGAGAGAGUGAAAGAGGGAAGGAGAUUAGGAGGAAAGCAGAGUUGUGGAAGGAGAAAGCUGCAGAGGCUAUGGCUGACGGAGGAUCGUCUGAACGAAACCUGAGGUCAUUUGUGAAGGAAAUUGCUACAUCUGAUCAAAAUGAUCAUUAGAUUUGCUUGUAUUGUGUUAUAUAUCGUAAACGUUGGCUUAUUUGUGUGUAUGAGGGUGGAUGUCUUGGUCUAAUCCUCGAGCCUUCUUCCAAACCAUCGAAGAAGUUAUCAUCUGUCCAUAGACGGGGGAUUAAAUAGCUUGUUUGUUUGAUAGAAGAACUACAUAAGUAGUUCAAGUACAGAAAAUUGAACCCACUUCUGGGAAAAAGAAAUCUGUUAGUUUUCUUAAACUUUUUCAUC